AUGUCACACCAUAGUGAUGAUAAUAUGUUAAUUGCGUCAAGCGAUAGUUUUUGGGAACCUGGUAAUUAUAAAAGAACGACGAAAAGAAUCGAAGAUGGUUAUAAAUUAUGUUCAGAAUUUUUAGCCAUGAUACAAGAAAGAGCUGAUAUAGAAAAAAAUUAUGCAAAAAGUUUAAAGGCAUGGUCUAAAAAAUGGAAUGAAUUAAUUGAAAAAGGUCCUGAAUAUGGUACAACCGAAGCCGCGUUUAAAGGUGUUUGCGUCGAGUCAGAAAGGCUUGGAGAUCUUCAUAUAAAAAUCAAGGAUAACCUCUGCAAUGACGUCAUGACGCAAAUAAAAACAUGGCAAAAAGAUACUUUUCAUAAGUCAAUGAUGCAAAUAAAAGAAAGGAAGGAUAUGGAAGAGGCAUUUAAAAAGGCUCAAAAGCCUUGGGCCAAACUUUUACAGAAAGUUAACAAAGCCAAACAAGAUUAUCACGGUGCUUGCAAAGCUGAGAAAUCCGCUUCGAAUCAAGAAAGAAAUGCGUCUGGUGACACGUCUAUUUCUCCCGAUCAGGUUAAAAAAAUGCAAGACAGAGUGCAAAAAUCAAAAGAAGAAGUUCAGAAAGGUAAAGAAAAAUACGAAGCCGCUUUAGCCGAACUAAACAGUUACAAUCCGAAAUACAUAGAAGAAAUGACGACGGUUUUUGUCAAAUGUCAAGACAUGGAAGCGGAGAGACUGAAAUUUUUUAAAGAAGUCCUUUUUGCAGUACAAAGAGGUUUAAACAUUUCGGAAGUUUCAGAGUUGCCUUUAAUAUAUCAAGAAUUCAAUCAUACAAUUAAUAAUGCAGAUCAUGAAAAAGAUUUAAAAUGGUGGAGUAAUAAUCACGGGGUUAACAUGGCCAUGAAUUGGCCCAUGUUCGAGGAAUAUACGGAAGAAUUUAGAGAUAUAUCGAAGGGAAAAUUGAAAGAAGGGAUUCCGGCUGGCCCAAUCACAUUAAUCAAUCAAAGGCCAGUGGGAGAGGAUUUACACGAUUAUCCUCCUGUUGAUAACAAAUCUACGAAAAAAUCUUUGCUCACAUCAAAAGUAAUAAGCAGUGACGCCGUUAAAUUAGAUGCGACUGAUUCAAAACCGAACAAAAAUAUAACGAAUUCGAAUAGUAAAUCCGUUGAAAAACCGUCGUCUGCUGUUAACAAAACGUCUUUAAUAACGAACGGUAAUAAAACGACGGAAAAUAAUCCAUUCGACGAAGAGGAAUGGGACGAAGAUGGCGGAGAAGCGUUGGUGGACAACGGAGAGCCUGGAGUACCCGUCAGAGCACUUUACGAUUACGAAGCAACGGAAUCGGACGAACUUAGUUUUAGUCAAGGAGACGUUUUUGAAAAAUUAGAAGAUGAAGAUGAACAAGGUUGGUGCAAGGGUAGAAAAGAUGGACGAGUGGGAUUAUAUCCGGCGGAUUACGUCGAACUCGUACCGUCAUCAUAA